AGCUCUCAGUAUAAACAAAAUGAGUAACUUAACGAAGUUAUUCGCAGUUUUCUUGUUCAUCCAAAUCCAAAUAGCCUUGUCUCAAUCAAAUCUUAUACAGCAGCUCUGCAAAAGAAACCGUUAUCAACCCCUAUGCGUCUCUACUCUCAAUCUUGAUCCUAGAAGCAAAACCGCAAAUCUCCAAGGGCUGGCGUCGAUCUCUAUCGAUGCGACCACAAAGAAAACGAACGAUACGUUAACUUAUCUCAUCUCCGUUAUGCCGAGCGGAGGAGUUCGCGCUGAUUUUGAGAAGUACGGAACUUGCAUUGAUCAAGACUACGGCUCGUCUGUUGAUAGGUAUUUGCCGGGGGCUAUGGCUAAUCUAAAGGCUAAGAACUACUCUGCUGCCAUAGCUAAUUUGCAAGACGUUGUGGGGGCAUCGACUGAUUGUGAGAACCAGUUCGCCGGAAGUUGUCCAUUACCGGUGACCCAACAUAACAAAGCUGUUCAUGAUAUUGCCGAUAUGACUACUGACAUCAUCAAAACUUUUGUCUAGUAGAUAAUAAAAGGGAAAAUGAAUAUGAUAUGAUAAUUAAAUAAAAAGAAAAGUACUUUUGAUGAUGUGAUAUUUGUUAUACAAAUUCCAUGUCCCAAAACACUGAAGAUCUCUACAAAACAGCUCUCUAAACCUCAUCAAACGUUAACUGUUGUUCGUUUUUUUUCUCUUAUGCCUUUAUUUGACUGGUCCUGUCCUUGUUCUUCUUCAUCUUCUUCAUACACCACCAUAACAACAUUACCAUCAUCAUCUACUUCAUACUCUACAUCAUCACCUUCUUCCUCUUCAUCAAACUCUUCUUCCUCCUCCUCAUCAUCAUCAUAAAAGUCAUCA